AUGGGUGUGGAUGUCCCUGUUUUAGAUUGGAAGAAGGAAUCCCAAAAUGUGUUAAAGCCACCUGGAGCCUGGCACUUUAAAUUUAAUCCUUCCAAAAGGUUUAAAAUAAUUCUUGACGAAAACAGAAUUACCACAGUUCAGGGAGAACUACACUACAGAUCCGAAUUAGGCAAGUGUUACGAAGAAAAAUAA